AUGGGGAUCCGCCUCAGACCAGACCUGUGUUGUGGCAGUGCCACCGGGCUUUUGGGUGAUCCACAUCUUCUGUCCCGAAACUGUACGACUGUCACCGCACCGCUGGACCUCCUUUAUCCUCAAGAGUCCCGCUACAUAAAAGAGCUGGCUUCCAGUAUCUGCCCCUCCCCAGUGACUGCCUUGGUGGUUUUGAUCUUCGGCCUUGUACACGGGCAGGACAUCAUUUUAGAUAAAUGGUGUGCGGACAAUUAUGGGAACGUGGGAAAACCAUGGGCGAUUUGCGGCCAGGCCAACUGGGCGGACAACGACCCAAGGACAGGCAUAUUAACUUGGAGCGUCCAGCCCCAAUCCAACUGCAACCUCGCCGGGCCAAUCCCGUUUUGCUGCCAACAAUCGAUACGCAAGCGAGUCGAAAAUAAUCCGGCCGACAAACCUCCUCAAGUGGAUGGCGCAAUUAUGUUGGACGAGUGUCACAGAUUAGCAUAG